CUGGUUUUGAGUUUUGAUCGAACUUGACGUUAAACAUUUGUUGUGGAAGUUUAGUAUAUUUUCGUUAUCAUGAAGAUUUUAAGUUUUUCUACUGUUAUGUGUGCAGUGUUCCUGUGCUAUAUAGGACAUUCAUUUUAUACUUUGCUAAAACUUUUUAAAAUACCGGUUUGCAGUCAAAAGCCAUGUUUUCAAUCAUAUCUAUCUACAAACCCACAACUACAACUUGCCCUUUUCGUGUCAACAAACAGUAAUCCCUUAAGCAGUGCAGUUACGAAAGUAGAUACCAUUAAACCAUUCCAUUAUUACAACAGUCUGAAAAGGUCAAUUCUGAUAGAAAUCCCAUCUAAAACCAGAAGAAACGGGACGAUGUAUUUACAUGCUGUAUUAGUCAAGGAUAGUGAAAACAUCGAAUGGAAAUCUUUUCCUAAACAAGGUGCUACAGUAACAUUAAAAGUAUGCCUAACGGAAUACGAUAUACCUAAAACUUCAACGUUUCAUUUGUUAGAUCAAACGGGACAGAGAAGUAUCCAAAACCUAAACUUUCAAACCCCCGUAACACAUAUACGAACCAAGGUAUUUCUAAAUAUUAUGACGGAGCAUUUUGAAAUGUCAGCAGCCGAUGUACCACCAGAACUGGCGACACAUAUUCGUGUCAACUACAAAAAUCAGUUUCUUCCAAUACUUUUACUCGAUUUUCUUAAAACCCGACAGCGUGAUUUAGAGGAAGUUGCACCCGAAAUGAAAAACUUUACAUUGGAGCUCAACUAUAGCCCAGUUGGUGUUGGACAACUAAAACUUUUAGCACACGUUCAACACGCACUACAGACUUUACCGCAAAUGGGUUUUUCGAAAAAAGAUCUUGACGAAGUUAAAGGAAUAUUUUCUGACACCAAUUUGUAUCUCCUUUGUGGAACAAUUUUCGUUGGAACUGUACAUAUUCUUUUCGACUUUCUUGCUUUUAAAAAUGACAUUUUGUUCUGGAAACAACGAACAAAUUACGUUGGACUAUCAGCGAGAUCGGUGCUCUGGUGCGCAUUCAGCCAGAUAGUUAUAUUCCUGUAUUUGUUGGAUGAAGAAACUUCUCUUAUCGUACUAAUUCCCGCCGGAGUGGGAACUAUUAUAGAUUUAUGGAAAACUAAAAAAAUAUUUAGGCUUAAUCUGACCUGGAGAGGCAUUCGAAAGGCGCAAGUAACAGAACAAACUGGUAUUCUAUCUAAAGCCGAAAAUGACACAAGGAUAUUCGAUAGACAAGCUAUGAAAUACUUGAGUUGUAUUUUAUAUCCUCUCUGCCUUGGCGGUGCGGUUUAUUCUUUGCUAUACCACGCUCAAAAAAGUUGGUACUCGUGGACUAUACAUUCACUUGUGAAUGGCGUGUAUGCUUUCGGAUUCUUGUUCAUGCUGCCUCAACUCUUCAUUAACUAUAAACUUAAAUCGGUGGCAACGCUCCCAUGGAGAGCAUUGAUGUACAAAGCUUUCAAUACAUUCAUUGAUGACAUUUUUGCGUUCAUCGUGACAAUGCCUACAUCCCAUCGUAUAGCAUGUUUCCGGGAUGACGUGGUUUUUAUUAUAUAUCUUAUUCAAAGAUGGCUGUAUCCCGAGGACAAGUUGAGACUAGAUGAAAGUUCAUACUCAACUACUGAUAUUGACAGUAAAGAAUCAGAUGAUCUCGAUCAGAGCUCCAAAAAGUAUAACUAAAUAGUAAACAUAACUCAUCAAAAUGAAACAUUCCAUCCGUCAUAGCUAUAAUAUUCUUUGUUAUCAGACUGAGCUACAGAUAUCUUUUUUAUAUACUUUGUAACACUGAAUUUUUCCACUGGUCUGUUUUAAUAAAUUGCGAAAAGAAUUCUAGGCAUUGCUCAAGUUUUGUCGCUUGUUGUCUGCAAACCCAUGGCCGCUAGUUUGACGUAGAACUAACUGACAAACUUCAACUGUCGAACUGCAAGCUGUAAUGCUAGCGCGAAACCAUUAGAGAGAAAUGAUCACUUGCACUUGCUGUGAAAACUUAUAUACUGACGGUAGCCGGAUAACUGUCCCAUAAUGAAAAACAACAAGUUGAGAAAACGGCGAUUUAAUAUUAUCCGUAAAUUUUCUGAUUUCCAGCUAUUACAUCCAAAAUCCAAUGACCAGAACAGUUUCAUGGCACCACAAGUUUAACGUUGAGAACAAAAAACCAUGGGUGAAAUUGGCUUUACGUUAUAUAACCUGAGAAAUACUACAAGGUAUACAGCCCUAGGGUUGUUUGAAAUGGUGACGUGGGACUAAACACUGUAAUUAGGGGAUUUUUUGUUACAAAUUAUACAGGGUCUGCAGACAGAAUCUAUGUGUUUGCUCAGCGACUGUACGUAUUUUUAUUUUCAGCCUCCCCUGGAAAUCAAUUUUUGGAAUAUAUUCACCAACACUCGAAAAAAUAACGUUUAUAUUUGGCGAUAUCAUGCCUGUAGUAUUUUUUUUUGUACAAACAACAUGUAUUUGACAAGGCACAAACAUAUCGUGUUUGUUGAAGAAGCACCAAGAAUUUCUCGUAAUGCGUCAAAGUCAGAAUUAACUCUAUAUCCUCAAAAACCAAAUCCAAUAAUACUUACGUUAUCAUAAUGAAUGGUUUUGUCUUAUUUAACUCUGAUUAAAUCAAAUCUAUAAUAUGGAUAUUACUUUCAAAAUAAUAUGAAAGCCCUUACAAAGGUUCAUUAAUUGGCAAACAUAAGAAAAUAUUUAAAAAAAUUAUUAUUGAAAUUAUUAACAAGUUCCAGCAAAAAAUCGUAGCAAUCCACAAUUAAAUUUUUGUUUUUUGCUUGACAAUUUUUUUUUUUAUUUCAUUUGCAUACAAUUACACUCGCUGUAUUACGAAGACAGCUAAUAUACGUUUAUUAUGGUAAAGCUUAGAACAAUAAUAUAUCAUCUAACAAUUUUGGAAUGUAAAAAAAGAUUCAAACGAAUCUCAGUAAAUAAACAAAAAAUUAACAAACA